AUAACAUUCAGACAACUGUUAAGGCUAUUUCAACAAUUAUUAAAAAGAAUCUUAAGACUUCUCUGCAGGUUAGGUUAGGUUUGAUUCGGGGUUCUUAUGACGAGGCUUAUGAAAUAAGUACAUUGGUUAAAACAUUUUUGAUUGAAACCAGGAAAUAGAACGCAGGGUUUGCCUACAAUGUCUAGUGGUAAAUUGAUUCAGCAGGUGCCUAGGGUCCCAGAAACAAUACAUUUUCCCGAUGAAGAAGAAAAAAUAUUGAAAUUUUGGAAUGAUAUCAAAGCGUUUGAAAGCUGCUUGAAACAAUCGAAAGGAAAGCCGAGGUAUACAUUUUAUGAUGGUCCACCAUUCGCAACUGGUUUACCACAUUAUGGCCAUAUUCUUACUGGUACCAUAAAAGAUGUGGUGACUCGAUAUGCUCACCAGCAGGGAUUUCAUGUAGAGAGGAGAUUUGGAUGGGAUUGUCAUGGGCUGCCAGUUGAAUUUGAGAUUGAUAAAACUUUGGGAAUUAAAGGACCCGAAGAUGUGUUGAAAAUGGGCAUUGACAAGUACAAUGCUGAAUGUAGAAAAAUUGUGACUCGUUACAGUAAGGAGUGGGAGACUAUAAUUGGACGCCUGGGAAGAUGGAUUGACUUCAAAAAUGAUUAUAAGACCUUGUAUCCUUGGUUUAUGGAGUCAGUUUGGUGGGUGUUUAAGCAAUUAUAUUUGAAAGGUUUUGUGUACAAAGGAAAUAAGGUAAUGCCUUAUUCUAAUGCUUGUAACACUCCCCUCUCAAAUUUUGAAUCAGGGUUAAAUUAUAAAGAUGUGGUUGAUCCAACUAUAACAGUUAGUUUACCUAUAUUUAAUGACAAAGAAAAUGCCUGUUUACUUAUUUGGACCACAACUCCAUGGACUCUACCAAGCAAUUUGGCAGCCUGUGUCAAUCCAAAUUUAAUUUAUGCAAGAUUAAAACAUAUUCCAACUGGGAAUAUUUACAUAAUGAUGGAGAGUCGUAUUGAAUCAAUUUUUCCAGCCAGUACUUAUGAAAUAUUGAAAAAAUUUCAAGGAAGACAUUUGGAAGGAUUGAAAUAUGAACCACCUUUCCCAUAUUACAGGGACAUCUAUAGAGAAACUGCUUUUCGUGUUGUUUGCGAUGAAUAUGUUACCUCAGAUACUGGUACUGGUGUUGUUCAUCAAGCUCCCAAUUUUGGUGAAGAUGAUUACCGAGUUUGUUUGGCUAAUGGAAUUAUUUCAAAAGACAUGGACUUGGCAUGUCCAUUAGAUGCCAGUGGUCAUUUUACUGAGCCUAUUUCUGAUUUUAAAGGAGAAUAUAUUAAAGACGCUGACAAAAACAUCAUUGCUCACUUGAAGGCUCAUAAUAAACUGGUUAAUCAUUCUCAGAUUAAGCACAGCUACCCAUUUUGCUGGAGAUCAGAUACACCGUUAAUCUACAGAACUGUACCCUCUUGGUUUAUAAGAGUAGAGCAACUACAAGAUCAGCUUGUUAAUUCUACCAUGGAGACUCAUUGGGUCCCAGGAUUUGUUAAAGAUAAAAGAUUUGGCAAUUGGUUGAGAGAAGCACGAGAUUGGGCCGUAAGUCGUAACAGAUAUUGGGGAACUCCCAUUCCUAUCUGGAUUUCACCCACUGGAGAUGAAAUUAGAUGCAUCGGUAGUAUUGCCGAACUGGAGGAACUUUCAGGACAAAAAGUUUCCGAUUUACAUAAAGAAUUUGUGGAUAAACUUGAAAUACCAAGUGUCAAACCUGGUAACCCUCCUUUGAAGCGCAUUUCUGAAGUUUUUGAUUGUUGGUUUGAAUCAGGGUCUAUGCCAUAUGCGCAACAACAUUAUCCAUUUAAAAAUGCUAGGGAAUUUGAAGAAAAUUUCCCUGCAGAUUUUAUUGCGGAGGGUAUAGAUCAAACCCGGGGAUGGUUUUAUACAUUGAUUGUUCUGUCUACUGCUUUGUUUGGUAAAGCUCCAUUCAAAAAUCUUGUUGCCAAUGGAUUAGUGCUAGCAGCAGAUGGUCAGAAAAUGUCAAAAAGCAAGAAAAACUAUCCAGACCCAAUGGAAGUAGUAAACAAAUUUGGUGCUGAUUCACUAAGGCUUUAUUUGAUUAAUUCUCCUGUGGUUAGAGCCGAAAAUUUGCGGUUUAAGGAAGAAGGAGUGAGAGAUAUAAUAAAAGAUGUAUUUUUACCUUGGUAUAACGCCUUUAGGUUCCUUAUGCAAAAUAUUGAAGUUUUUAUAGAACUGAAUCAUCAGAAAUUUAUUUACAAUCCAAAUGAUGUUAAAAGUGAUAAUAUAAUGGACCUUUGGAUUCUUUCUUUUACUCAGUCUCUGCUCGAGUAUGUUAGAAAAGAAAUGAAGUUGUAUCAUUUAUAUAAUGUUGUACCCAGAUUGAUGAAAUAUGUGGAUUACCUAACAAAUUGGUAUGUGAGAAUGAAUAGAAAAAGAUUAAAGGGAGAGGGCGGUACUGAAGAUUGUAGAACUGCUCUAACCACAUUGUACAAUAUCCUAUUCAACAUUAUAAGAAUGAUGGCGCCUUUCGCACCAUUUUUGUCUGAAUUUAUGUAUCAGUCUAUGAAAGUUUUGACCACUUCCUCCUCUGAAAGUGUUCAUUAUCUAAUGUUACCAGAACCAGAUGUAGGUCUAAUUGAUGUUACUAUUGAAAGAGCCGUGCAUCGUAUGCAGAGCGUUAUUGAACUUGGUAGAGUUAUAAGAGAUAGAAAAACCAUCCCCAUAAAGUACCCUUUGACUGAAGUAAUAGUAGUGCACCAAGAUCCACAGUACAUUGAAGAUAUAAUCUCAUUAAAGGAAUAUAUCUUGUCGGAACUAAAUGUUCGAAAAAUGGACACAACUACUAAUAAGAGUAAGUUUGGAAUUGCUCUGAGAGCAGAACCCGAUCAUAAGGUUCUGGGUAUGAGGUUGAAGCAGCAUGCCAAAACAGUUGCUCAAGGAAUCAAGUCAUUAACUGACACUGAGAUAAGCGAAAUGUCUAAGAAAGGGUACAAGGAUAUUUGCGGACAUCGAAUUGAAAUUGGGGAAGUUAGAUUGAUUUUUCAGUGUGAAAACUUGAAUACCAAUCAAUAUGAAGUGAACAGUGAUAAUGACGUGUUGAUUUUAUUGAACGUUUCCGCCGAUUCCUCUAUGCAGGAUGAAGGAAUUGCUAGGGAAAUUAUUAAUCGCAUUCAGAAACUUAGGAAGAAAGCCCAUUUAGUACCAACAGAUGAAAUUUCUGUGAUUUAUAAUAGUGAAGGUGAAAUAGCUAGAAUUGCUAAAGAAUAUAGAAGUUUUAUUGAGGGUACUAUUAAAGCGUCUCUUAAAUCAGACAAAGAGGCCUCUGACGAAGUGAUUAUUGAGGACACUCAGCAGCUGAAAGAUUGUAACCUUUAUAUUUGUUUGACCAAAAGUAGCAGCAGUAAUUUACCAUAUGUAAAAUGGGUGAAUGUGCAACUAGUUGAUCUAGAAUCAAAGUAUUGUAAAGGAUCAUCUAAAGGAGUUGUGCUUCUUGAAGCUGGCAAAAAAUCUAUUGACUUAAGCCAGUUUAAGUUGGAAGUAUUUAGGCUCUUUGGUGUAGAUAAAUUUACUUUGACAGAUACCCAAGGAUGUGAAUUAACGACAGAUAAGGAUUUAAAAAAUUCUUCAAGUAAAACUGUUUUCAUUACUAAGAAAGUAGGUAAUGAUAAACUACCACAAUGUGAUAACAGACCCUUUUGCAAGUUUCACAAUUUUAAAGAAAAUGGAAAAUCGGGCACCAUUUUGUUGGAAAACCCGGUAGGAAUCCCUACCGUGUUUUCCACGGGUAGUAAAGAUUCAGUUAAACUUUGGCUUCAGUUAAAUUAAGUUGCUUUGUAAUUUAUUUGUAACUUAUUUGGAUUUUGUUAUAUAAACAAUAAAUUUAAUUUCCGAA